AUGGCGAGCACCCAAGAACUCAGCGUCAGCAAGCUCUUCUCACUCAAAGAUUAUGUCUGUCUCGUCACAGGAGGUGGCACAGGAAUUGGUUUGAUGGCCACUCAAGUCCUGGUUGCAAACGGCGCAAAAGUAUACAUCACAGGGCGACGCAAGGAAGUCCUCGAAAACGCCGCCAAACAGCACAGUCCCGAUCCCAAAGUCUCAUCCGGCCAGAUCAUCCCCGUCAGCGCGGAUGUCACUUCCAAAGAGUCCCUCGAAGAACUCAUCCAGGAGAUCUCCUCGAAAGAGAAAUAUCUUUCCCUCCUCGUCGCCGCCGCCGGCAUCUCAGGUCCCAAAGGCAUCUCCGACACCGGGUCGGCCAGCGAGCUGAAAGAAAAACUCUGGAACGCCGAGUCGCCGGAGGAGUGGGCCUCUACGUACAAUACCGACGUCACGGCCGUCUACUUCACCACCGUUGCCUGCCUGCCGCUCCUCCAAGCCGCACCCAAAGAGCAUUGCAGCUCCGCAAUCACCAUCUCCAGCAUGUCAGGCAUGAUGCGUCACUCCCAGGGCCACUUUAGUUACAACGCCGCCAAAGCAGCCACGGUGCAUUUGUCGGCCAUGAUGUCCAAGGAGUUCGCAGAGACGGGCGUUAGAGUCAACAGUAUUGCUCCAGGUUACUUUCCCAGUGAGAUGACGAUGAAGGGUAGUGACGAUAAGCAGAAGAGUCAUAUGCCGGAUGAGAAGGUCCAGGAUAAGGGGCAUGAGGUGCCAGCGGGAAGGCCGGGCAGAGACGGGGAGAUGGCGAUGGCGGUUGCGUUUUUGGCGAGGUGUGGCUAUGUCAAUGGAGAAGUGUUAAAGUUGGAUGGGGGGGUAAUGAACGAGGUUGGUGGAUCUUAA